CAUUUGUGUUGAGAUUUUUGGAGACUUUUGCACAAUUUUCGUUCUUGGGCAUUUUGCUGAGGCAGAAAAGGACGUUGUGGAGUCCCACAGGUCUUUUCCAGGGAGCCUCUCUUCAUCUCAGCCAUCAUGUCUGAUAAGCCGAGGGUGUACCAGGGCGUCCGAGUGAAGACCACGGUCAAAGAGCUGCUGCAGAGGCACAGAGCCCGGGAGGCCAACAGCAAAAAAGUUAAAACGAUAUCCCAGGCUUGCUUGGAUCUUCAGGAUCUUUGCGCGACCACUUUUCCAUUAGGUCGCUAUGUGGACCCUCCUCCCGCCAUUCCCCCAGCUGACUCGAGCAGCUGUGGCGCGACAGCCCUCCAGCUGCGCACCGCCUCGUUCCCAGUCCCCGACGGCUCGUGCAACAUACAGAUGCAGGAGAGCACUUUUAACGACAUCCAGCAGCAGUUUGGGGACAUGAUGUUGCCCAGCAACGGCUGCAGUGGCAAUAACAACAACAACACGGGCGGCGGCGGCAGCCACAGCGCCUCCCUGCCUCCCCCUCCCACCUUCCCGCUGCCCUGGUGCCAUAGACUCUCCUCUGAUGCGGACUACUAUGGCCAUGGGAUGGCUCCCUGCUCGUCACCGGAGUCACUGAAGUUCUGCAACCCCAUUGAUCACAACAGCUACUCGCCGCAGGACUCUUUCUCCUCCUCCUCUUCCUCCUGCUAUGACUCACCCACAAGGAUGGAGUCCAGCUACCACAGCUUCACCUCAGAGAACAACCACUAUCAGCACUGCAACCUCCAGGACUGUUACUGCCUGCCCCCCUGUUGGCCAGGCCAGCAGGAGAGCUUCUCUGGCCCUGAAUACGCACCUUACUACAACCCCACAGACUAUCCGUACGCCUGUCCUGUGGAAGAGAACUAUUUUAAGAGGGAUUUGCAGAUGAGCUCUGAAAUGUGUUACAAUGUACUAUGAUCAGACCUUCAGCAGUAUUGAUUUGUCUUUUGACUGUAAAUAUGAUCCUCUUCAAGUACUCAGUAAGGCUGUUUGCUUGAUGGUCCACUUUGCAUUUCAGUGUGUGCUCUGAAUGGCUUUUGGUGGAGUGAAUAUGAUGAAUGCUGAAUGGAUGGAAAGGCUGAUACAUUUGUACCAGUUACUCUUUUUUACUGCUUAGAUUUAUUUUCAUACAAAGAUCUUGUUGCUGUACUAAAUAAAAAUGUGUUAAACUCAA